UAUCAGUACAGACAAUGAGAGCUGUCAUUCAGCGUGUGACAAACGCAAGUAUAUUAAUCAACCAAAAGCUUGUCACUGCGAUAGGACCAGGCCUUUGUAUCCUACUGGGGAUAUCCAGAGAUGACACGAUCCGAGACGUUGAAUACAUGGCUCAAAAAAUUGUCCAUUUGCGGCUGUACGAGGGGAAGCCCACUCGCAGCGUAAUGGAUUUGGAUUACGAAAUACUCUGUCAGAGCCAAAUCAGCUUAUACAACAAGCUGAAAGGGAACAAAGUCAGUUUCCGUAAUGCUAUGGAUCCUAAAUAUUCAAACGACCUGUUCAAACAAAUGUUACAAAGAUUAAGGGAAAUAUACAAACCCAGCAAAAUAAAAGAGGGAAAAUUUGGAGGCCACAAAGAGAUGACUUUAGUUAACAAUGGUCCUUUUACUGUUAUAUUAGAGUCCCCUAAAACAUCUGAACAAAGAAGUUCAGAUUUGCUAAAAGCAAAUAAUUUGAAAAAUAAAGUUUGAAAAAACAAUACGUCAUAAACUGAUGUUUUAUUUAUAUACCAGCACAAAACAUAAGACACCCAUACCAAUACUCCACGUUAUUAAAUCUAAAAUUUCCAAUGAUGAGUUUUAAACAAGAAGUGAACAGCACAUGUGGCACGCUGUUGUUAUCUUUUUAUUAAGUUUGUUUUUAUUUUAUGUUAUUGUUAAAUUUAUUGAAUUAAGAAUUGUAUUACUCUUAUGGUUAAUUUACUAUAAUUCUUGUAGCGUAAGAUUAAUAUAAUAUAAUAUCAAAGUUGGAUGAUACAACAAAUUGUUCGAUAAUAGUUAUCAAAUAACGAGUGAAAGGCCGCUUAUUACAGUAUC